AAUUCCAAGGCGGGAGUACAGCAAAACUAAUAAUAUCCAUCUUCUAAAACAUUAUCUCAAAGUAGAUUAACAGUGAUUCCAAGGGAUAGCUGGAAGAACGAAUAAAUAAUACUAAACUCAAUACCUCAUUAAUACAUGCAGAUGAUCCGUAAAUAGACAUGUGUGUGUUAUAGAUAUGUGGAAAUUGCUUACUCGUCUGAUAGGUAAUUCUAUAUAUAAAUUGUGGAUCGUUUGUGGGUGUGCUGUGUUUAGACAAAGAAUGGAGUCCGGAAUGUUUAGACGCAGACUGGGUGAGACAACUUACAUGGAUGGAAUAAAUAACAGUCAUGAUGCAAAUGGUGACACGGAAGAAGGGUCACACAAGGCGAAACAAUUCAAGAAAUGUCGUUGUCCUAAGAGAUGUUUGGUAGUUGUGUUCUUGGUGUUGAUGAUUAUUGUAGCUAAUUACAUGGGGAUUAUUGGUAUAUCAAGUAAACUAGAAUACAUGCUAAAACUUAGCGACUCGGUCAUCAAAAGGAGAUUAGUUACAACUGGUGGUGUUGCCGCUGACAAUCUGGAAUGUUCUCAAAUAGGCAGGGACAUAUUACUACGUCAUGGAUCUGCUGUAGAUGCGGCUAUAGCCACUUUACUGUGUUGCCAUAAUAUCAAUCCACAUAGUUCUGGAAUAGGAGGAAGUUCUAUGAUGACCAUUUAUGAUCCAAACGAGAACAAAACAAUAAUAAUAAAUGCUAAGGCAAUAUCUCCGUCUAAAGGCACCCAUCAGAUCCGAUUGAAAAUUCCUGUAGUAGGUCCUCUGUCUAUUGGAAUACCUGGAGAAAUAAGGGGAUACUGGGAAGCUCAUCAAAGAUACGGUAAAUUACCAUGGAAAGAAUUGUUUGCCCCCAGUAUUGCUAUGUUAGAGAAGGGUGUGGCCAUGACGAAAGAUGGCGUUAAAAGUACGGACUUCUUACAGGAUAAACUAUCGAACAGAUUUAAUGGGACCUUAAAAGACUUAUUUCCAGAUUUGAGUGAGAUAUUCUGCUAUGAAAAUGGUGAAACCAGACAAGCAGGGGAGAUAAUCCAUCGAUUGGCAUAUUUACAAACGUUAAGAAAAAUAGCUAAACACGGAGCUGAUUAUUUAUAUAGUGGUGAAGGGGCUCAAUUUCUGAUAUCAGAUUUACAGAAACAGGGUAUUUCCAUAUAAUGUGUCGUAUGACUGGUGUGGUAAUUUUUAAAAAUAACCAAAUACGGAGCCGAUUAUUUAUAUAGUGGUGUAGGGGUUGAAUUACUGAUCCGAUUUACAAAACAAAGUAUUUCCAUAUAAUGUACUCGUAUGAGAGGGAUGGCAAGUUUGAAAACGUUGACUGAGGUGGCUGCACUCGUUAUCUGUUAGAAUAUAGAAAUAGGCGAACCAUAUCUUCCAACAGGGAUAGAAGCCUAUUAAUCAGGAGAGCCUGAAACACGGGGGCAAACUUACGUGCCUGCCCUUUGUCACAAAUAUUCUCGUGUUGUAUGUUUCUACAAUCAAGGUUAUUGGCCCUUGUGUUCAUUUGUGUUCACUUCCGGAUCUUAAUAUUUUGGUUCCUAAAAUAUUUGAAACUGUCUGUCGAUGUCCGUUUGUUUUACGAACGGAGUUAGGCACCAUGUAACAUUGCUCCUUCCCUACUGCAGUAUAAAAUGCUCAUCCAAUAAAAUGUAUAAGCUGCCUUUUUCUACAACAGGAUGUAUCACAUAUAUUUUCCAAUGAUUUCCGACGUUAACUUUCAAAGUUCACAUUCCGGAGACUACAACUCUCAUUCGGUCGGUGUGGAAUUUGUGUAGGUUUCAUGGCUAUAAAAGAGUAAUAGGCUUAUCACUGUGAUAUCGCCUUUCUUGUAGCAGACGAUCAAAUCAAUACUAUUGCAUUUGAUCGAUUUCAAACUUCAUCUUUAGGUCCUGUGCGAAACCGGGUUAACAACCUGCGGGCUUCAAACGACAAAGUUGUUGAUAGACGUAUUUUCGGUACCACAAAACCAAAUAAAUCAAUUAUUGUUGCAGGUUCUAUAUUAACCAUGGAGGAUUUAAAGAAUUACAAACCAUUAAUUAUGGAACCUCUAAAACACGAGAUUGCUGAUGGCAUUGUUUUACAUACUACAGCAGAUCACAGUGGUGGCAU